AUGACGACUCUUCACCAAAGAAGUCAAACACUGGCUUAUGCAGUGUUUCCUAACUACCUGGAAGAAGAGACCAAGGUUUUAUCUCGAGCAGCUGAAAAAAUGGAAACCUCCACGCAAGAUUUGAAAGGAAAACAUCAAAAGCAUAAACGCAUGCUGUCUCUAAACGAUCUGUUAUCUAGUGAAGUUGUCUUUGUGGUUUCCAAUAUAUCUGGAUGUGUGCCUGAAAUGCUACCACCCAAGUGUCAAAAUAACUCUGCAACCAAUAAGUACAGAAGCAUUACUGGAGCCUGCAACAACAGGGAACAUCCUACUUGGGGAGCUUCUAACACUGCUCUGGCUAGAUGGCUUCCUCCAGUUUAUGAAGAUGAACUAAGUCAGCCCAGAGGAUGGAAUCUCGGUUUCUUACAUAAUGGAUUUCCAUUGCCUUCGGUACGUGAAGUGACAAGAAAAAUUAUUGAAGCGUCUAACGAGGCUGUCACUGAAGAUGAGCUAUAUUCUGAUCUGAUCACCGUGUGGGGCCAAUAUAUAGACCAUGAUCUUGCCUUUACUCCCCAAAGUGAAAACCAACCUUCCUUCCAGGGAGCCAUCAAUUGUCAAAUGACUUGCGCAAACCAAAAUCCAUGCUUCCCAAUACAGGUCUUCCCCAAUGAUACAUUCUCUGCAAGGAUGGAUUGCAUCCCUUUUUAUCGUUCGAAGCCUGCAUGCACCACUGGUCAACAGGGACCGUUAGGAAAUCUAUCGGCGAUAAACCCAAGGCAACAGAUGAAUAUAGCUACUUCCUUCUUGGAUGCCUCUACUGUUUAUGGCAGCACAGCGGCUGCGGAGAACAAGCUGAGGAAUCUGACCAGUGAAGGAGGCCUCCUAAGAAUUAACCUGCUACAUUUUGAUAAAGGGCUUGAAUAUCUUCCUUUCGUUGACCAAGUGCCUUCUCCUUGCGCCCAAGAUCCAAAGGAGGACAAAGCAGAAAGGAUCGAAUGCUUCAUGGCUGGGGAUACCAGGUCGAGUGAAGUGCUUUCCUUGGCAGCUCUGCAUACUCUCUGGUUGCGAGAGCACAACCGCCUGGCAAAAGCCCUGAAGGAGCUGAACCCUCACUGGACUUCCGAAAGGGUCUAUCAAGAGACUCGCAAAAUGGUUGGUGCCCUGCAUCAGAUUAUUACCAUCAGGGAUUACAUUCCCAAGAUCAUUGGUCCAGAUGCUUUCGAACAAUACAUUGGUCCUUAUCAAGGCUAUGAUCCCACAAUCAAUCCAACAGUAACCAACGUAUUUUCGACCGCAGCCUUUCGCUUUGCUCAUGCUGCAAUUCAUCCACUGGUAAAGAGGCUCAACGCACAGUAUAAGGAAGACCCAAAUCUUCCUAAUCUUUACUUGCAUGAGGUUUUUUUCACUCCCUGGAGACUCAUUAAAGAAGGUGGUUUGGAUCCCUUGCUAAGAGGUACACUAACAACUGCAGCAAAACUUCAGGUCCAGAAUCAACUGUUGAAUGAAGAGUUAACGAAGAAGCUCUUUGUAUUGUCUAACAAUGCUUCCUUGGAUUUAUCAUCACUUGAUUUACAACGGGGACGUGAUCAUGGGCUCCCAGGUUACAAUGACUGGCGAGAAUUCUGUGGCUUGCCAAGACUAAGGACAGAACAGGAGUUGAUGACAGCAAUAGAGAAUAAAACCAUGGUCCAAAGAAUUAUGGAACUCUACAAAAGCCCCGACAAUAUUGAUGUCUGGCUGGGGGGAAUAGUAGAAAAUAUUCACCCUGAUGCCAGAACGGGUCCCUUGUUUGCAUGUAUCAUUGGAAAGCAAAUGAAAGCAUUGAGAGAUGGUGAUAGAUUUUGGUGGGAGAACAUCAACAUUUUUACUGAUGCUCAAAGGCAGGAGCUUGGAAAAUAUUCUUUAUCCAGACUUAUUUGUGAUAACACGGGCUUGACGGAAGCACCCCUUGAUCCUUUUCUACUUGGGAAAUUUCCUAAAGAUUUUGUGUCAUGUGAAAAUCUACCUAGCAUUAAUUUAGGACCUUGGCGUGAAGUCCUUUGACCAGAAUUGCAACCUGGUUCUCCAGUCAAAGAGGAACAUGAGGACUUCAUAUCCAUUCUGGUAAUCCACUCCUGCCACAAAAGAUAUAAGCUACCUGGACAAAAACAAUUAUCUUGCACAAAAGGGAAAUGGAAUUCAGAACUGCCAAGCUGUCAAGAUGCUUCUCUCUUUUAA